CAAUUUUUUAACGAUAGCUUUUAUUCAAAAAGUAAUAGAAGAAAAAAUAAACCAAUAAUAUAUAAAACACUAAAUCGACCUAACCUAUUACUAAAUUUUUAUGCCAGGUGUGUUCAGAUUAUGAUGAUUUGAUCAAAUUAAAUACAAGGGAAGAUUAACAACAUGGAAGAACUGUUUGAAACACCAGAUUAUGAUACAGCAGAGGAAAAUAGCUAUCAUCAUUAUACUUUAUUCGAUGUCACUGUUGACCCAGGAUUAAAAGAUGACGAAGGAAAUGAACUGCCUAGACCUUUCAAUAAAAAUCAAAUGAGGAAGUGGUUGAAAAAAGUGCGUUGGGAAAAACAUAAGGCUGAAAAACGUAGUAAAGAAAAGGCUCGGGCCAAGGAAAGGAAACGGGAAGCACGCGCAGCAAAUAUAGAUUUAGGCCCCAACAGAAAAAUGUUGAAGAAAAUGAAGUUAGAAAAAGUUAAGAAAAAUAUAACCAUAAUAAUUGAUUUAAGUUUUGAUCAUUUAAUGAUCGAAAAAGAUAGAUAUAAGGUAAUAAAACAAUUGCUACGGUGCUAUUCAAUAAAUAGGCGGUCAGAGGCACCUCUCCAAUUUCAUGUCACGAGUUUUGGUGAAAAAGCAAAAAUUGACAUUUCCAGGCACAAUGGUUAUGAAAAUUGGGAUAUAGGGUAUCAUGAAAAGUCUUACCUCGAGCUUUUUCCUAAAGAAAAGUUAGUUUAUCUGUCUAGUGAAUCUGAAAAUGUCAUUGAGCAAUUUGAAGAGGACACAUACUAUAUCAUUGGUGGAUUAGUGGACCAUAACAAGCACAAGGGAUUGUGUCAUAAAUUGGCUGUUGAUCAAGGUAUAAGGCAUGCCCAGCUACCUCUAGAUAAAUAUGUAAACAUGAAAACAAGGAAAGUUUUGACCAUAGACCAUGUUUUCGAGAUUGUGCUUCAUAUUUCUGAAGGUAUGCAGUGGCAAGAAACUCUUCUGAAAGUUUUACCAUUAAGGAAGGGAGUACACCUAUGUGACUCAUUAAAUAAUUCUACAUCAAUUAUAGAAACAUCAAAAGAAAAUAAUAUACCCGUAUGAAAUCAUAUAUUAUGUAAAUUUUAAAACAAAAAUUUAAGUUCAAAUUAACAAUUUGUUUAAGUAAAACACUAUUACACACUAAAAUACUGCAAUUCACUAAAUAUAUUAAAGCUAUGUUGUUUUACUUUUAGAGUUAUUA